CCUCUUCCUGUUCACGCGAGGGAGAGCCGCCGCCGCCCCGUCCCCUUCCAAACUCCUCUCUUCCCUGCCUCCCCUCGCGCCGCCGGCCAUCCUCCCCGUCCGCCGCCGCCGGCCAUCCUCCCCGUCCGCCGCCGCCACUGACCAGCCACAGCUGCGCUACCAUCCCCUCCCCUUACCUCGAUUCAGAUCCUCUCCUCUGCUCUUCUCUUGUUCCUUCUCUCCUGACCCCCUCACUUGUUUGUUCGAUCUAGAGCAGCAGCCACCCUCCAUGGACGAGGACGACCACCACAGCAACGACGGCGCCCCUCACAUGGUCGAGCUCGACGGAAGAGUGCUCGCCAUGGCCGCGUUCGUCUGCUCCGGUGUGGUGCAGCCGAGGUUGGCCAACGACGAGGUCGUGUACCACCGCCUCGAUGGCUCCUAGCGCGGGGGAUGUAUUUCUAAUGUCCAGGUAAACCGGUUUACAAUGCAGAGGUCCCUUCACACUACAGGAAAGUGACAAUCAGUAAAAGUUAAGGUCAGACUUUGGAGAAGGGCGUUAGAGGAUUUGAGUAGAGGCUGGCGAGUGGUGUCCACAGAUUGUACAGCGACCAAGCGGCGUGAAGAAUCAAUGUGGAUCUAUCAUUACCAUAUGGACUAGGGAGAUGGACUUAUGGUGCUGCCAGCGCAGCACUUAAGGGCUUGGAGGUUGACAAGGCGAAAGAGGCCUGUUGUCAGCCACCAAAUUAUGAUGUUGAGUACUGCCCGAGCGGAAGAUAGCAAGGCGGUUGACGUAGGAUACGGAGUAAGCAGAGCUAGCGGCAGUGGACGCAGCUACCACGUCGGUGGGCGCACCAGAGGCACAACACAAGGUGGAUCAUCGAGGAUGUAGUGCACAUCAAAGCAGUCGCCGUCCCGCGGACAUUCAAAAGGCAGUGACUGUUGCCUCUGCUGUAUCGACGACCCUGAUCAUGUUGGACAGAUAAAUAAGAUAUUACUACUCCCUCCGUUCCUAAAUAUUUGUCUUUCUAGAGAUUUCAAAUGGCUACCACAUACGGAUGUAUAUAGACAUAUUUUAGAGUGUAGAUUCACUCAUUUUGCUCCGUAUGUAGUCACUUGUUGAAACCUCUAGAAAGACAAAUAUUUAGGAACGGAGGGAGUAGAUGUGAAGGUUCGCCAUAACUUCUUAUUUUAUACCAAAAUCUAACAAGCUAAUUAUUAUUUCGUUGCUUUAUUUCUUUCGCUGCAUACUCGUAUAAAUCUUGCUCUUUCUAAAGAAAUGCAGAAUUUUAUAUGUGCAUGCUUGACUAAAUAGAUAUUAGCCAAAUACAAGUUGGACAUGCUUCACUAUGAUAAGCGGUACCCAACUGAUUGUCGCCUCCAUAGCUUCCAUCAUGGACGACUGGGGUGGCGAACCAUGCCACUCAAGGCAUCACUUUUCAGUUGAUUGCCUUAGUCAUGUUUGAAGAUAGUGGCAAUUAGGUCUUUAUAUAAUGUUGUGAAACUAGCACAGAUGAUGAAACACUGUAGGGUGAUAUACUUAAUUUACCUGUAAUCUACUAAUUUUUAUUAGUUGUGAUACCAGUUAUAUAAAUCACAACUAAAUAAUUUUCUUAGUAUUUACUACCAUGUGCAAUCAUGAAUGCUAAUGAUAGUUUUUAAUUUGCGUGUAUAUUCUUUAUAUGAAUAAACCAUUUAGUCUCACCAAAAAAAUUGUAUGCUAUUGAAUUACUGGCUUGAUGGAUGUUACCCCCAAACAUACCCUUUGUCUUUUAUUUACUGUUGAAACAAUUUGUAUAUUUCUAUUGUUUCAUGCAUUUUUUCUAUAUCUAUGUAGUUCUUUCCUCUACAUGGACGGGCGCGGCAAUCGCACGCAUUUGUGAUCUAGGAUAAAUGCUUUUGCUUUAUCAUAGGCCACUAAACAUGCUAAGCUUGUGUGGCUGGAACACACGCUUAGCGGGAGAAGCACGAGGCGCUGCACCUCUGACCCUGUAGUGCUUGGCUCCAAUUCAUCAGGGAAGACGCCGACAAGCAUCAAGCUGCCCUUGGUGCUUCCUCGUCAUCAAGGAGGAGGACGUCAGGAAGUGCCGUCCUCAAGCCGUCACCACACCACAGAGAAGGACGAGGAUGUGAUGCUGCUCCUUCUUGUGGUGUAUGCGUCGGCGUGGCUUGCGGUAAUGAGGCAUAUCCUCGUGGGCAAUGCUAUUUGAAGACCAUUCAUGUGAUUUAAAAGAGAAGAUGUCCAGAAUGUCUAUGCUAUUUGAAGACCAUUCAUGUGAUUUAAAAGAGAAGAUGUCCAGAAUGUCUAAGGAGGUUGAAGAUGACGAUCAAAAGAUUGAUAAGUGACUGCCAAGAUGCCAAUAAUGCUUGCCCCGUGCCAUUAGUCCAGAAUCUCAUCGAGCGCUGUCUCCAGCUGUAUAUGAACCAGAAAGAAGUGAUUGAUACCCUCUCCCUUGAGGCCAAGAUAGAACCGAGCUUUACUGAACUUGUUUGGCAAAAGCUUGAGGAAGAGAACCGUGAGUUUUUUAAGGCAUACUAUUUGAGGCUGAUGCUUAAGAAUCAAAUAACGGCCUUCAACAAGCUUCUUGAGGAUCAGUUCCAGCUUAUGAACAAAGACUAUUCUUCGGGAAUCCCUUCUAUGCCUCUCACUAAUGGCUCCAACUCCACAACAUUGAAGCAAAACUCGUGCUUUUUACCAGAGUCUGGUCCCAUAUCUGCUAUGCCAAAUGGUGCGAUGCGCAACGGAAGUUCAGGUGGUUUAAUAAAUGGAACAUCAUCUGGUGAUCAGUCAAUUUAUGGUGGCAAAGACAUUCACGGUCCUCAUAGUGGUAUGGAUGCUUCAACCAGCGUGCUACCAGCCCAGAAUGCAUCUGCUUUGCUGUAUGGUGCAGAUAAUAAUGGUACAACAAUAAAGACAGAGUCAAGCUAUUCGAGCAACGCUGAUUUUGCUUUCUGUGGGAAUGCUUUCCUUGAAUCAUGCCAAUCAAUUGGCGAUGCCUCGGCUGGUUCCUUUAGCAGCUCAGAGUUGAACGGGCAACCACUGAAUGAUGCACUUUUGGAUAUGGAGUCAUCGUCAUUUGGCUUCUUGAGCCAGAUUCCCCAGAAUUUCAGUUUUUCAGACUUAACAGAGGGGUUCAACCAAAAUACAGAAGUAUUGGAGAAUUAUGGCAGGUCACCAUUUCUCUCAUCUGAGCCAAAUAACUUCUCAGAUUCUACAGGUGGAGAACAUACAGGCUGAGCAGCUACCCGCCAUUUUGUACAUAUUCAUGGAGAACUUGAGCAACUUUCAUGCUAGCCUUUUCCCUUGUCAGUUCCGCUGUCUUGUAAUGUAGAGUAUGGGAUGAGUUGUAACUUGAUCAAAAGAUGCAGCAGAUCUGGCCCCCGGUCGCUUGCCGAAGGUAUUGUAGUUGUGCCCUGCCUUGUACAUUGGUGUUGUGCUGUAAGAUCAGCAUUAGCAGCUGUGAUGUUAAAUUUGCUGGGUUAAUGGGUUAUGUUCUUGUCUGGCAUGUACAACAGAAGUUUAUUAAUUUCAAGUGAAUGCUGAAGUGAGAGUUUGAUUUGUGA